AUGUUCGAUUCUCCCACGGCUGCACUAUCAAACAGGACUGCCAAGCCAUGGCGUACAAAGUUAUCAUUAGCGGAUGCUCUUUUUACAGUGGAAGUGUUUUCCAUUGAAGCAGAAUUGAAACUAUCCUCCUUAAACAUUGUACUGCAGUCUCGUGAUUUGGAAAGGCUUAUUAGUUCAAAACGGGGUGGCUGGAAGCACAGGGGACGUGGACAAGGUCCGAUGUCCGGAUACUUUUGCAUAGCAACCAGUCUGAAAGAGGCGAACAAAUGCAGACUUAAGCUCCAGCCAAAUGCCAAUUACCCAUCUAAACUGGAUGUUUGA